GAGCGGCUGCUACUACGGCGGAUGAUGAUGGCAUCUUCCUGCUAGGGGCAGGAAAGGCGGAUAUAACGGGGUAAUACUCCUGUCCUCAGGACCGCAUCCACGUUGCUAAUCCGUCUACCAGGCCCGUUGUCGAGCUAGGGCUUAAUGGCUAUGCUAACCUGGAUCAGAUUGGGACUGGUCUUCGGCAGAGAAUCUAUUCUCGUGCUUUCAUUGUUGCGGAUGCCAAUAGUCCAGAUGACACCUUUAUCUAUUUAGUCGUGGAUGCCCAGUCGGGUGACACUGCUGUACGACAUGGCGUGCUUGAGGGUCUUGCUAGCCUAGGGGGCGACUAUGCUCGGUACACCGAGCAAAAUGUUGCCCUUACUGGAACUCACUCUCAUUCCGGCCCGGGAGCCUGGAUGAAUUAUCUUCUUCCUCAGAUCCCUACGAAAGGGUUUGAUAAACAAAGCUACCAGGCGCUUGUCGAUGGUGUUAUUCUUUCUAUCCAGCGAGCUCAUGAGAGUCUGGCGCCUGGGCGUCUGAGCUUUGGGUCAAUAGACCUAGAAAAUGCCAAUAUCAAUCGAAGCCCCUACGCCUAUGAUGCCAAUCCCGCGGAAGAAAAAGCACGGUACUCGGCAAACGUGGAUAAGACGCUGACCCUUCUGAGAUUUGAUCGGGAAUCCGACAACAAGACCACGGCUGUGCUCACCUUCUUCCCGGUCCAUGGCACAUCCCUGUACGAAAACAAUACCCUGAUCACUGGAGAUAACAAGGGAGUUGCCGCUUGGCUCUUCGAGAGAAGUGUCCAGAGCGACCAAAGGUUUGCGGAUGACUUUGUCGCAGGCUUCUCUCAGUCGAAUGUCGGCGAUACCAGUCCGAAUGUCCUGGGUGCUUGGUGUGAGGAUGGCACUGGACAGGAAUGUAAAUACUCGGACAGCACGUGUGGUGGAAAGACAGAAGACUGCCACGGCCGUGGACCCUUUUUCCGCGAGAAGGACAACGGCGCAAAGAGCUGCUUCGAGAUCGGACGGCUGCAGUACGCAGCUGCGAAAGAAUUGUACGGUCAACUGGAUUCUAAUCCUGUUCGGAUCCUUUCCAGCACCGGCGUCCGCUCUUUCCAUGUAUACCAGGACUUGUCCAACUACACCUUCCAAUCACCGUUCAAUGGUAGCACCCUGAAGACAUGCCCGGCAGCGUUGGGAUUCUCCUUCGCAGCAGGCACCACGGACGGGCCAGGAGUGAUGGAUUUCACUCAGAAUGGCACCGGCCCAGCUGAUUCCAAUCCUCUGUGGUACGUUGCGCGCGCGUUCGUUCAUCAACCAUCGAAAGAACAGCAGGCGUGCCAAGCGCCAAAAGAGGUCCUUCUUGACGUCGGGCCAAUCACACAACCGUAUGCCUGGACACCAAAUAUUGUGGACAUUCAGCUCCUGAGGGUGGGCCAGCUAUUCAUCAUCAUCUCUACAAGCGAGGCUACAACCAUGUCGGGGCGGCGGUGGAAAGAAGCCAUUGCCCAGUCAGCCACUGAUGUUCUUUCGGUCGCCGAACCACUCGUAGUUCUGGGGGCACCGUCCAAUAGUUAUGCUCAUUACGUUGCUACGGAGGAGGAAUACGGAGUGCAGCGCUACGAGGGGGCCUCGACCCUGUAUGGCCCCAGCACACUUGCGGCGUAUGUCAACCUGACCCUUAUGUAUCUGCCAUACCUCGGACAAUCGCCCAAGGCGUCUAGUUUACCGUCAUUGUCAUCCGGCGUGGCGCCUCCUAUCAACACCAACAAUUCACUGAGCUUUAUCCCCUCGGUGGUAUAUGAUGGCUCGCCUGUGGGCAAAGCAUUUGGGGAUGUUGUAUCCUCGGCAGCCAAUAUCACCUAUGGGCCGGGGGAUGUCGUGAGCGUCACGUUUGUGGGAGCCAACCCCCGAAACAACUUGCGCUUGGAGUCCAAUUUUGCGGCCGUGGAGAAGUACAACUCCGGUAACGGAUCAUGGGAGGCUGUGCGCACCGACAGUGAUUGGAACCUUCUGUAUAAUUGGGAGAGGACGAGUACCAUCCUUGGAUACAGCGAGGUGACGCUCCAGUGGCAGAUAGAGGAUGAGUAUUACAGUACUGGAAACCCCAAUCCUGUGGAGGGCGGGACUUAUCGGUUCCACUAUUAUGGCGAUUCGAAGACUGUGUUGGGCAAGAUAUCAUCCUUCGAAGGGAUUAGCGAGGCGUUUACGGUCGCAGUCAGCUGAAGUCAUUAUGGAUUGGUUGAGAGUCUCCAUCCGGUAAUGACUUUGGGGCUUGGGCCGUGCAUCACUGCUAUAGCAUGGGAAUAUAAGCAAUCCAAUUUCAU